UCUCUUCGCGUGCGUGUGUGUGUGUUUUUGUGUUCAUUUUGCGCAUGGACGUAUCGGAGUGGGGCGCAUGCUGCUAGAGGAAGAAGCGAUGUCCGCCGGCUACCCCCAGGACAGCGCGCCGCCCCCGGAUCCGCCCUAUCCGGCACAGGACGCCGCCCUGCAGGGCCUUGUGGCGCAAGAUCAGCUCUACCCCCGGACGCCGCCUUCGCGGGACAGCCCUGCCGGAUACUACCUGGCCCCAGGGCGCUCCUGGCCGCCGGACUACGUCAUGUACGGGGGCAUGCCGGAGGAAGCGCCCUGGAUGCCGGACGGGGGGUACGGGAUGGCCGGGGACGACGGGUGCGCCCCGGAUCCAGCCUCGCCCCAGACUCCGGCCGCCGAGGAGGGCCCAGUGGAGCCCCGGGCCGGCGGGGGCAAGGCCGGCGCCUCAAGGGCCGGGGCGUCUCAGGAGCAGCGCAUCCGGCGCCCCAUGAAUGCGUUCAUGGUGUGGGCAAAGGUAGAGCGGAAGAGACUGGCGGACGAGAACCCGGACCUCCACAACGCAGAUCUCAGCAAAAUGCUCGGUAAAAAGUGGAGAAGCUUGAGCCACGACGACCGACGCCCCUACGUGGAGGAAGCGGAACGACUACGAGUGCAGCACAUGCACGAUUACCCCAACUACAAGUACCGACCGCGGAGGAGAAAGAACACCAAGAGGGGCGGCGGGGGCGGCACCCGCAAGAACCAGGCGCCGCCCUCGGCGUCUCCGCCUCUCGUGUCCGUCGCCUUCCCCGCACCCUUCCCCCCGGGAGGACACCUGGCUGGAUUCGGAGGGCGCCCCGGCGUGGACGUGUGUGGCAUGCAAACUCCCGAUUCCUCCCCCCACGGAAGCCCCUGCUCGGAGGCGAAUGCUGUUCGGAGGAUGGAGAGCUACCGGUAUCCGGAGUUCUUAGGCAUGCAACAACAGCAGCAGCAACAGCAGUCGCUAGGACCGGCCGGCACCGAUUCCUCAAACGUGAGCCCGGAUUCUAUCCGGUCACUGCCCACUCCCGAAAUGUCGCCCAUCGACCGCGACCAAGAACAGGGAAAUUUCAUGUUCCAGCAGCAGCAGGGGGGAUCCAAGGACUCGGAGAGUCCUGUCACUCAACUCAUUACGCGCUUCAGCGAUUCUUCCAAGUUCCUCAAGAAUGUGCGGCCACCUUUCCCUGUGCGUCCUAAUGGCGUCACCUUGCGAGACCUCGUAGCCGCACCAUACGCCAUGAUGCCACCCCACUAUGCCACUGCUGAGAUGUUGGAUCAGCAACAAGUAAAGCUGCAGGAACCGGAUGAGCGGUCUUCCUGCAACUACGCCUACGGAUUCGGUUCAGAGUCCAAAUCGCCUGUCAGGACCCUACCUUCUUACAACCCCUUCCAGAACUUUCAGAAUACCGUCUACUACCAGCAGGCAAGGUACGAAUCCGGUUAUUAUCCGGAGCAGAGUUAUCCAGACAACGAUUGCAUGGACGACGUGGAUAGGAAUGAAUUCGAAAAGUACUUGAAAGGGAACAAUGCUCUCCAAGUCGCUGCCCCUCAGAACUUUGUUGAAUCCUACCCUUGCCACGAGGGUACAUCUUACCUUGAUACGACGACGCAUCAAGAAACGGACAAAUCCUUUCUCGCGAUGUCUGUGGACAACGCGUCCACGAGUGAGGUGCAGACAUUUGGACGUUCCCCAGCAGCCCCCUCGAACCUAUCGGUGAUCUACGGGGCUUCCCCAACCAAAACUGAAAAUUCAGGUCUCAUAGCAGCAUUAUCCGAAGCGAGGCAAAUUAUGCUUUAG